ACUGCAGACGAAGAAGUUAAUCAUUCAACCACAGGUAAAUUGAACUUGUACAAAUCAUCCUGUUCAUCACCUUCCACCACGCCUGCUCAACUUGAAGGAUUGGACAAGAUGUCUCGACUAUACGUAAAGGGACGCAUCGCCGGCCACCAACGUGGUAAGCACAACUCUCACCCACGCACAACCCUUCUCAAGAUCGAAGGUGUUGAGAAGCCAGAGGACACCAAGUUCUACCUCGGAAAGCGUGUCGCAUACGUCUACAAAGCACCCACAGAAAGACGAGGAUCAAAGGUCCGCGUUAUCUGGGGCAAAGUCACCCGUGCCCACGGUAACUCUGGUGCCGUUCGCUCCAAAUUCCGCACCAACAUCCCACCAAAGGCCUUCGGUGCCAGCGUUCGCAUCAUGUUGUACCCAAGCAACAUCUAAGUGACCAGCACCAACGACUCUCCGAUAUACAGUGUGGUUCAAGGUCAAGUUUGCUCAACUCUUUGAUCUCUCCUGAGCUUUUACCGGCACUAAUAUCA